AUGGAGGAGAGGCUUGAUAAGGUUCUGGUAACAAAUGAGUGGCGAAGCAUGGUAACAGGGGCCAGGGUGGUGAAUCUGAGGACCCGAAAAUCUGAUCAUUCGGCUCUAUUUCUGGGAAUCCAUGAGUCAUUUGGGAGGAGUGGGCCUGGUAGGAGGGGUUUCCGUUUUGAGAUGGCAUGGUUGCACGAUGAGGGGUGCAGGGAUGUGGUUGAACAGUCCUGGCAGGAGGGAAGGGGGCAGGGUUUACAGAACUGUAUUCAGUACUGCGGGAACCGGUUAACACGAUGGGGUGGAGACCGGUAUCACAAGUACGGAAAACGGAUUAAUGAACUGACAAGAGAACAGCAGCGACUGAGGGGGCGUACUGACCCGGUCUCACUUGCAGAGUUCCAGCGCUUAGAACAGCUACUAAGUUGCACCGAAUCCUAG